GUGGGCUUCGGCGAAACUCAGCCAAAAACUAACCCAAAAAUUCCGAAGCAGUUUUCUGAAACCCUCUGCUUUCUUCCACUGCUUGCCUCUGCUCCUCAACUAUUUUCAACACACUGCUUUUCUUGUGCCCAUGAACCAGAAUGCCUAAGAGGUAUUCAGAAUGCGGUUCAGAACAAUAUGGAAAGUGGGUGGUAGAAAUGUUGUGGGCUUCUCUAGGCCACUCCGAAGAUAUACAUCAGUUUCAAGCAGAGAUGUAAUGGAUGUGGCUGUUAAAGAUGGGGAGCUGAGGGUCUUCAUAGUCGCUGGAGAGGUUUCUGGGGACACCAUUGGCUCUCGUCUAAUGGCAUCUCUAAAGAAGCUCUGUCCAGUUCCUGUCCGUUUUUCUGGUGUUGGAGGGUCCAUGAUGUCUAAACAAGGAUUAAAAUCUCUGUUUCCUAUGGAGGAUAUUGCGGUAAUGGGAUUAUUGGAGUUAUUGCCUCAUCUGAAUAGGCUCAGAGUGAAGCUGCAGGAGACAACAGAGGCUGCUCUUCUGUUUCAACCUCAUGUUGUUGUAACAGUGGAUUCCAAGGGUUUCUCUUUCCGUCUCUUAAAGCAGUUACGGGCUAGAUACAAUCAACAGAGAUUCAAUGUUCCAGUACACUUCCAUUAUGUAGCCCCAUCGUUCUGGGCUUGGAAAGGGGGUGAAGCAAGACUCGGAGGCCUGACUGAAUUUGUGGAUCAUGUCUUGUGUAUACUUCCAAAUGAAGAAGAAGUUUGCCGAUCAAAUGGACUAGCUGCAACCUUUGUGGGCCACCCCAUUCUGGAGGAUGUUUUGGAGUUAAAUUUGGACACUGCACCUCAUGAAUGGAAGAUAGAAGGAAACUGUGAAGAUUUCAGAAAGAGAUAUUCAAUACCUGCAGGAACCACAGUCAUUUCCUUGCUUCCUGGAAGCAGAUUACAAGAGGUCACCAGAAUGCUUUCCAUCUUUGCAAACACUAUGAGAUUAUUAAAAGGUUCCUUUCCCGAGUUAGUAACAGUCAUCCAUGUAGCUCCAAAUCAGCAUGUGAAGAACUACGUCACUGGAAUCACUAACAAGUGGCCUGUGCCUACUGUAUUGAUUCCAGGAGGAUCCCUGCACCAAAAAUAUGAUGCAUUCAGUGCAAGUAGUGUUGCGUUAUGUGCUUCUGGAACAGUUGCUUUGGAGUUGCAGCUUGCACGGCUACCAUGCGUAGUUGGUUAUCGAGCUCAUUUCCUAACUGAGUGGAUUAUUCGUUAUAAAUCCAAGAUACCUUACAUCUCCCUCCCAAAUAUUCUCAUGGAUUCAGCUAUUAUACCUGAAGCUCUCUUUCAAGCAUGUACUCCAACAAACCUAUUCUCAUCGAUAUUGAAUUUGAUACACAACGAUGGCCUGCGAGAAAAACAGAUCAUUGCUGCUGAAAAGGUUAUCGGACUUCUAUGCGCUCCGGCCAGAAAUUUAGGUAACCUGUCACAGCAGCAUCAAGGAGGGAGGUUUCCCCAUUACACACCAAGUAUGAUAGCAGCAACCGCAAUACUGUACCAUGCAAAGCCAGAAGUGCUAAUUACUUAAUUUAAAAAUGUUGUCCAAAUGUUUAAUAUCAUCUCACCAGUGAUAUUAAAAUAGAAGGUGGAGAGUUUCGUUUUCACUGUCACUCAGAUUAUCCUAUCCAAAUAUUCUCCUUGAUUUAUUUCCCUUAUGUUGAAA